AUCACCGAGCUGCGCUGCUCCCAUCGUGCAGCAGCAUAAUGUAUACUGCCUCUCCGUGCUCGCGCUCAAUUUCUUCCUAUAUAUAACUCAUUAUUAUUAAAGUAAGCGGUGACGGUCGCUCGAGUCGUCGAUCUGUCUUGCGGCUCGCGCGAGACGCUGCUACAACAGCGGGCAGAAAUGCUGCUGCCAGCCAGUAGUCGUCCGCGUCGCCGCCCGCAGCUGCUGCAAAACACAGCCUCUGCGAUCGCCAUCAGCAGCAGCUCAUAAGACUCGGAUAUCAUUUUUCUCCGCGGCGAAUAAUCCGCCGUCGUUCUUGGGUCGCGGGGCGUGCUUGCUACAUAAUAUAGCGGCAGCUUUAUGUUACAUCUCGCAUCGCAAGACGUCUUUAUAAUACAGGCUUCGAGCGCGCAUCGGCGCUGUAUUUACCACGUACGUGCGCACGACUGAAUAUACCUGUUGCGCGUACGUAGUGCAGUGUGCCUAUGCGCACACGCUGCUUCGUAAUUUCGGGACAAGUGCAUACCGGAGUUGGAGUUUUAAUUCGAUGCACGAGUGCGAGCGCGUGUGCCAACAGUCAGUUCGUGCAGGCAGAUAAAGAGAGAGCGUGAUAUUUUUGUUUAGCUCGUCGAACGAGAUAUACAUACACCAACUGUAGUGUCGUCGGCAGUGUCAGUAGUGAGUGACGGGAGCAUUUGAAUAAAAAAAUAAAUACAAAAACAGAAACUGUGUCAAAAAUAAAAAGUAAUUGCCAUGUCUUGGGCGCAUCAGAACCAUCACCAGGAGAAGCAGAGCUCGAGCCCGUCGACGACGUACAAACUCGUUGUCGUGGGCGGUGGCGGCGUUGGCAAAUCCGCGAUCACCAUACAGUUCAUUCAGAGCUACUUCGUUACCGAUUACGAUCCAACGAUCGAGGACUCGUACACAAAGCAAUGCGUCAUCGAUGACAUCCCGUCGAAACUCGACAUCCUCGACACGGCCGGCCAGGAAGAGUUCAGUGCCAUGCGAGAGCAGUACAUGCGCAGCGGCGAGGGAUUCCUCCUUGUCUUUUCGCUCGCGGAUCGUAUGUCCUUCGAGGAGAUCUUCAAAUUUCACCGGCAGAUCCUGCGGGUCAAAGACCGCGACGAGUUUCCCAUGCUACUGGUCGGCAACAAGUGCGACCUCGAUCAUCAGCGAGCGGUUUCCGUGGACGAGGCGCAAAAUCUCGCGCGACAGCUAAAAAUCCCGUACAUCGAGUGCAGCGCCAAGCAGCGCAUGAACGUCGACCAGGCCUUCCACGAGCUCGUGCGAAUAGUCCGCAAGUUUCAGCUGUCGGAGAGGCCGCCGCUCAAGCUCAAUUACAAAGGCCACUCGAAGAAGUGCAGCAUCUUGUAAAUAAGCGUUUCAUCAUCCUAGGCUAUAAGGCAGCUUAAUUAAUAAUGACGACGACGACGACGACGACAACGAAUCAUCGCAUAUCGCACGUGCACACAACAGAGCGAAUACAGUAAUGAUUCGCGCAGCUCCUUUUUCGACGAGCAGCAAUCUUACGCAACCACAAGAAUACAUAUUAUAUAUUUUUUACAAUCUUUCAGCAGUGAGAGAGAAAAUAAAGACCAGCAAUUAUUGGAUAUUGCAUACACAUAUUUUACGAAGAAGCUGAGCUUCCGGCAUGUAAUUCUUAAGUGUCGCACAAGUACACACGCAUAUCUCGUGGCUUUUCAAAGCAGGGAAAGACUGCCAAAUUUUAGAAAUUGUUUAUAAAUAUGUCAGUGUACACUUUUAGGGUAAUAGUACUAAUAUAAGAAUGCUUUACAUUUACUCAUAUUUGUGAGAGCAGAUUUUAACGACGACUAAGUUACGUGCAUUUAGGCAAUUUGAGGGAGAAAAUGAUUUUUAACAUUAGCUGAUUUUAAUUUUAGUAAAGAUGGGUUAGAGACUUUUUAUAUACGUAUAUGUUUCUAUUGAGAAUUUGCUUUAGCUUUACGGCAAAGCGAACGUAACAGUUGAGAUUUAUUUUUUAACAAAGAUUUGUGGCACAUUUAGAUCUAAAGAGACAUAACAAAGUUUGAUAACUUUUCACAUUGUACAUUGCAGCAAGUAUUCACUUAAUCUAUUUUAUGUAACAACAAAUUUUAAUUUAUCGAGUGAAUAUCCGCGGAAUUUUGCAGCUUUCAAAUCUGUAAAAAGAUUGUAAAAUUAUAUUAAGUACGAUUAUAUUUUUACGGUCUUCCUUAAGUUUUAAUUGAAGUGCAAUUGACCUGUUUUUGAAAUUCAUUCUAUGCAUCGUUUAAAAUACGUAUAAUCGUCGUAUAACAUGAACAAAAUUUUAGAAAUUUGAUCAUGUUUUUAAAAUUAUAUAUUUCACACGGCUUGUUCUUAUUUAUAAAACAAUGAUGACCAAGUUGUAAUAGAAAAUGAAGUAUGCUCGUUGAUCGAGUGGAAUUUCAACUUUAUACAUAAAAUAUAUUAUCAAUAAAUGGAAAAAUAUACACUUGUAAAAACUAAAA